AUAGCUGUCCGAAGGGGGGCGUGGCUGGGCUGCGCGUAGUGGGCGGAGCUAAGGCAGCAUAGUGCGCUCUCUGACAGUCUUCUUUAUUCUUGCUCAGUGUUCUUUCCUCCAAAUGACUGCUGAGAACUUUGCUGGAAGGUGAAGACAGAAGUUGUCACGACAUUUUUUUUCUAUGCGCAACAAUGCAUUAAAGUGACUGCGCGCAGCUUUUACGCAGCUCCAGGAGCAGGACUUUGCCAGGUGCGCCAUGUCCCACGCGCAGGUCGAGAUCCCCGGACGCGGCUUCCCGGGCUUGUCCGUGGAGCUGAGCGACGACUGCCUGUCCCGGGUGCCCUCCGUGCUGAGGGCGCACGGCAUGGGCGCCCGCAGGAACUCCUAUGGGCUGCAGAAGAUUAGCAUGGACGUGGACUCGCCUCUCUACGGCGGCGCCCUCUGCAAAGCUCUCUCCUGGUCGGCGGAGAACAUCCUCAGCUUGCCGGAGUCCCGAGCGGAGGAGGAGGAAGAUGAAGAGGAAGAGGACAAAACCUCCCGGAGUCCUCAUCCCGAUGCCUCGGGGAAGUGGGACCCGGUGCCGAGAGCCAGCUCGGACUCUGACAGCGAGCUGGCUCGGGGAAAAGGCCACAAGGUGGCGUCGCCCUUGACCCUUGACCCGCGGUGGGAGCAGGAGGAAGAGGAGAAGGAGGACGUGGAGACCAAAGCGGUGGCGACGUCCCCUGAUGGUAGAUACCUCAAGUUCAACAUCGAGAUCGGAAGGGGGUCUUUCAAGACCGUCUACAAGGGCCUGGACACGGAGACCACCGUGGAGGUGGCCUGGUGUGAGCUACAGACGCGUAAGCUGACCAAGGCGGAGCGGCAGCGUUUCAGCGAGGAGGUGGAGAUGCUGAAGGGCCUUCAGCAUCCCAACAUCGUCCGCUUCCACGACUCGUGGAAGUCCACGGUGAAAGGCCACAAGUGCAUCAUCCUGGUGACGGAGCUCAUGACCUCCGGCACACUCAAAACCUACUUGAAGAGGUUCAAGGAGAUGAAGCUGAAGCUGCUGCAGCGCUGGAGUUGUCAGAUCCUCAAGGGGCUCCACUUCCUGCACACGCGCACGCCGCCCAUCAUCCACCGGGACCUCAAGUGCGACAACAUCUUCAUCACCGGGCCCACCGGCUCCGUUAAGAUUGGGGAUCUGGGGCUGGCCACGCUCAAAAGUGCCUCCUUUGCUAAAAGUGUUAUUGGGACGCCAGAGUUUAUGGCCCCAGAGAUGUACGAGGAGAAGUACGACGAGGCGGUGGACGUCUACGCCUUCGGCAUGUGCAUCCUGGAGAUGGCCACCUCUGAGUAUCCGUACUCUGAGUGCCAGAACGCCGCGCAGAUCUACCGCAAAGUCACCAGCGGCAUCAAACCUGACAGCUUCUACAAAGUCAAAGUCCCGGAACUGAAGGAGAUCAUCGAAGGCUGCAUUCGCAUGAACAAAGGAGAAAGGUACACCAUCCAGGACCUCCUGGAGCACCCCUUCUUCCAGGAGAACAACGGCGUGCACGUGGAGCUGGCCGAGGAGGACGACACGGUCAAGCCGGGCCUGAAGCUGUGGCUGCGCAUGCACGACGCCAAGAAGCUCCACGGGAAGUACAAGGACAACAACGCCAUCGAGUUCCUCUUUGAGCUCUACAAGGACGUCCCCGAGGAGGUGGCGCAGGAGAUGGUGGUUCUCGGCUUCGUGUGCGAGGCCGACUUCAAGCUGGUGGCCAAGGCCAUACGGGAUCGGGUGACGGCCAUCAAGCGUCAGAGGGAGAAGCUGAGGCGGCAGGCGGAGGAGCAGAGGAGGAAGCGGGAGGCCAUCGAGGAGGAGCCGGAGCCUCCGCCCUCCUCCCCGGCGCCGGCCACCCCGCCCCCGCAGCCGCCCGGCCACACCCCGUCGCCCCUCCUGUCUCCCGUCACCAGCUCGGCCGACUCGGGCGUGGGAUCCAGCUACCCCGCCGAGCCGGAGGAGCCCGAGGCGGACCAGCACUUUCACCUCCGCCACAACAGCCUCUCCUCGGCCAAUUCUGACUGCGAGACGGACGGCGAUCUGAGCUCCUCCGGCCUUCAGGACACCCAGGAAGCCACACCCCCCACCUCGUACGGCCUCCCCAUCCCGGCCCUCCGCUUCCCCUCGAGCAUCGCCGUAUCCAGCACCGCAGAACACGCCAACCCAGGAUCUCCAAGUGGCUUCAGCUCCCCCGUGGACAGCUACGCCUCCGACGUGACUUCAGGCCUGAGUGACGGCUACGAGGGCGUGUCGGAGAAGAGCGAGAGACCGGCCGCCAAGCGAACCGCCGCCAAGCUCUUCAGGCGGCGGGUGCGCUCCCGGCUGCGCAUCACGGGGCUGUCCGAUAAGGUGGACCGCGUGGUGGAGUGUCAGCUGCAGACGCACAAUGACAAGAUGGUGACCUUCAAAUUCGACCUGGAUGGAGACAACCCAGAGGACAUCGCCGCCGUCAUGGUGCACAACGAGUUCAUCCUGCCCUCGGAGAAGGAAGGCUUCAUCUACCGCAUGGGGGACAUCAUCAAGCGGGCCGAGGCGCUCAUGGCCAAGGAGCAGCCGGUGCACCCCAGCGGGCACCGACCCCCCCAGCCUGCUUUCCAUGGCGGUGCCAACCUUCUCUCCUCCUCCCAGCCUAACCUGCACAGUCACAGCCUCCCGCGGACGCACUCCUCCUCCUCCCUACCCGACUUCAGUGUGGCCGACCCCGGCGUUGGGGGGGCGCGCGGCUCCCCCCCGUCCCCCAUCGGCGACGCCUUCGCGGCAGACGUGAGCUCACCGGGGCGCCCUCUCAUACGCUCGCAGUCUUUCCACAACGCUCCAGGGUCUCCUCUUCUUUACCGCCACCCCGCUUCCCUCCUGACACCCCACCAGCACUACCACCUGCCCUUCCUGGCUAACAGCCACUACCCGUUCCACUACUCGGGUUCUCCGGGUUCCCCAAAACCGGUGGGCCUCCACGCCCCCCUGACCCGCGUGGCCAGCAGCCCCACCUUCCCGUCUGUUCCCUCCCCAGCACCGGGCUCGCCUAGUCUACUUACUGACACCCACAGCAGCGGUGAGAGUCCAUCCAUGCCCCUGCCCGCCCCCCAGCAUCCCGGCAUGUGGCCCCCACACAGCCAGCCCCUAUUUUCCUUGGCAAAUGUCAUCUCCAUGGCGAUGAGCAUGGCACACUUCAUCCCGCCCUCAAGCGUGCCCGCCCAGGGGAUGCCCUCGUAUGCGGGCUUCCACCCCGAGCACUACCAGUACUACCAGACCCCCCCACAAGAAGUGCCUUACUCCACAGCAGGUCUACCAGCCCACAGUGUCUACCCCGGCUCGGUGAACACGCCCCCGAUGGACGGAUUCCCUCCGGGUGGAACUCCAUGCUGGCCCGCCACGCCUCCAGGUGCUCCUCUGCAGCAGGGGGGGACCUCCACCCCCACCAGCCUGCCUCAGGAUUGCCUCGCAGCCUUCCCAGCCCAGGCGCCAGUCCCAUCCGAAGUGUCCAGUUUAGCUUCCUCGUCAGAUCUUUCGCCCUCACCGACGGAUAGCCCGCAAAGCACCCUGCACACUGCUCAACCAGAGCUCAACGGCAGAAUCCCAAAAGUACCGCCUUUGAACGCCUCCGGAGGAGCAGCAUCCGCGGUGACGGUGGGACGCUUCCACGUGACGCCCAGCACCGACGUUCUGACCUCGGCUUCGCCGGACUGUCAGGGCGGCGUCAGCGCUCCGUCUGAGAGCAGCACCGAGGAGCAAUCCGAGACCAGCCUGGGAACCUCCAUGACCAUGUCCCCCCCUCAGCCGCACCUCCAUAGACUGUCCUCAGGCCUCCCGCAGGAGACGGACAAGCAUCAGCAGGAUGGCGAGGAAGAGGAGGAGGAGGAUGAAGAUGAUGAUGAGGAGGAAGUGUUGGAGAAGCGUCCGAGGCCCAGGAGGCGUGGUCGGAGGCGGGCACACAGCCUCAGCCUGAUGGGCACGUCUGCGGACAGCGGGUUGUCGGUGACCGCGGCCGAGGUGGAGGGGCGGCUGUGGGACGGGGCGGCCGGCAGCCCGCAGUACAGUAACGCCCUCCACCACCUCUGGAUGAUGACCUACAACCACAGCGCCCCCUACCUGAGCAGCGACGACUCGGACAGCGAUGACGAGGAGAUGCUGGAGGAGCUGCAAGAACUUCGAGAAAAACACCUGUCGGAGGUUCAGGCCCUGCAGGCGUCUCAGAAGCGGGAGAUGGAGGAGCUGUACGAGAAGAUGGGGAAAGCCCCGCCGCCUGGCAUCGUGUCCCCUGCCGCCAUGUUGUCCAGCCGCCAGCGGCGUCUGUCCAAGGGAACGAGCGGUUUUCCUCCGUCCCGCAGAAACAGCCUGCAGCGCUUGGACGUGCUGCCGCUCCAAGGUAUUAUCAGAAGAAACUCUCUGGGAGGAAGCAGCAGCGGCUCCCAGGACAAACCCAGCAAAGGCGUCACGUUCGCCACGGACAUCAGUCGAAUGUAAGAACGUCUCAGGAUCCGCCGCUGAACAGCCGGACUACCUCAUCUGAAGCUGCAGCUGCGGCCAUCUGACCCCUCCGAGAGCUCGCCAACAUGGCCGCCCAAGCACAGAAGAACUAACUAAUAUAAAGAAAGGACAUUUACUCAACAAAAGAACGUAAAGUUUGCUAAUAAUAAUAAUAAUAAUGACACCAGCCAUCUAGAUUUCUUUUUGUGACUGAACACGGCUGAAGAUGAUGAGUUGAAAGUCCUUUUCACCAAAAUAUACAACAUGUUGUAAUGCUAAAAUGUGUUAAUCAUUAUAUUUAUAAUAAUGAUAUACAGUCGUCCCUCGCAAUAUCGCGGUUCGAUUAUUGCUAUAUCGUGUUUUUCAGAAAUUAAUGAAAAAAUGAUGGCUGUUUGGUGGUAUAUUAUGGUCUAUUAUUAGCCAAAACAUAUUGAAAUACAAGUGAUAUGUAGUAUUGUGGUCACUAGGCGGCAGUUAUGACACAAAACAUUGAGACAUUAGCUUACAUUACAUUACCGUAACACUGCAUGAAGUCAGCCAUGCCAUGUCCCACAUGAUAAGAGUGUUAAAAAAAAUUCGAGGCUAACUGGUUAGCUCGCUAGCUAGCGGCCGUCCGAGUCCCUGCAGCAUAAGAGUUGCAAUGUGUUGUAAACAAUGACUAAUAGGAGUAUGAAGGUGACUAUAUGGUGUUACUUCAUGUCUACAGGGAUCUAAUAAUGUUAAAACAAUGUUUAGAAAGUCAUAAACAGGUUUUCUAUGCUCCAACUACGAAAAUAUUCCAUUUAUUAACAUUGAAUCCUAUAUCCUGGUCGGGUCUUGAACCAAUUAACUGCUAUAAACGAAGGACGACUGUAUCCAUAUAGUCUGGCCUUUUUAGUGUCAUUGCCUCUCGUCGAUGAUUGGCUGGAAGCUAUCACAUGGUUCCUUGCUCUGUAAAGGGCUACAGAUUGUGCAAUAUUCAAGAAAUGAAGGGAAAUGUGAGAAAAAAACAUGUGUUAUGGUAUAUAAUAUUAAUAAUCCUCCCAUGUUGAUUGUACUGUACAUGUUUAUGAAGUAGCAGAGUGCAUUUAUAGACUGUUUACACCAUUAGACAGCUCUCUUCUCUCAUGCAGAAAACAUAUACAGUAUAUAUAUUCUACAAAGUGACUAUUAGAUGAAGCACCUCAAGCACUUUAGCACAUCUUUUCCUUUCACGCAUUUUGGUCAAACUGUGUUCACUCCAGGAAGUUGCGUGGUUGUUUAAAUUUGAGAAUGUUCUUGCCCACGUGCCUUAUAGAAUAACCACAACACACACUGGACUGUGAACGCACCACAAGGAUACUACAGUGGAUCCCCGUGGAUUUUUGGUCAUAAAAAUAUUUUAAUCUAUAAAAUGUAUAUAUAAAAUAUUUCACUAUAUACAAUUUACAUAUUUUAUGAUUUUACCCCCCAGAUAUCACAUUUUAUUCACUAAUAAUUUAUAAAUACGCGACAAUACAAGUAAAAUGUACGGCAUACAUGAACCACGUUUGCUGUUAUGCAUCAUUGAUGUGUUUUCAUGCAUUUGGAUUUCGCACUUUGUUCGGCGGUCCUUGAACGCACCAUAGUUGAUCAUUGUCAAUGUGUUUAUGGAUCAUCUUCCAUUAUCAUUCAUGAAUGGUGAGUAGCGAUACAUGUUAGACUUCAAAUGUCUUUAUUACAUGUGCGAGGCAUAUUUAGGGAUUAAACUUGGAUGGUGUCGCGAGUGAACAACAGCAAUUGAAGAGAGACGUGGCGGGUUCUCGGAACAGUCACUUUUUUUUUGCAAACGCUGAUCUGAAGCAUCAAGCUAGCAAGAGGGUUUGGAGGGGGAGGAGUGAGCCGUGUGUCAAAAAUGAACAGUUUAUCAAAUUACUCGUGGUUUUUCCAUCAUUCGCUGGUGGUUGAAAAGUUGAGAUCUACUGUAUAUUCAAAAGCAAGCAUUGUGUCCCCCCCCCCCCAAAAGAAUGUAAUGUCUCUUUUGUUCUGCCAUGCUGAAUCUGUGCCUUUCUUCAUCUUCUCCAAGGUCUUAUUUGAUAUUUCUACUCUGCAAGACUGGAUGUUCCUUCUAGUCAAUUCCUCAGAUUAUAAAUAAAGACCAUUUAAUAAAAGCAUGUGUAUCCUUGUUGAGGGUCAUUAAAAAAAAGGAAAUAUGCAAGG